GAAGGGGUGGAGCCUGGAUCCACCUCUUCCCAGACCUCAUUUGGUGGUUGGCAGUGUAGAUGUGAGUAUCUUGUUGGAGAUCCCUGUGUAUCUAAGGCCUCUGAAGAAGAUGAAAUUUUAAAUGCUACUGUCAGUGCAAAUGUUUCUACAUCUACACCAAAAACUGAGGAGGAAGCUUUGAAGACAACCACUUUAAGAGCAACGACACUGCUAGCAACAAAGCUGACAGCAACUACAACUUCAGCUAUGACUGUGUCCAUUACAACAAGCUAUAACACAACUACUCCAGCUAAUGCCACAGAAAGUACAACACAACAUACAACUGCGCAGCAGCCAGCACAGGCGACCCCUACAGCAAGAACUGAAAGUGGCAACACAACCAGUGCUGUGCAAGUGAAUGGAACACAAUCUGCACAAAAUGAGAGUUUGAGUGCUACAACUACUAAGACAGGGACUUUGUCUCCUACAACAUCUUUACAAGAAAAUACUACUGUUCCUGGAACCUCAGACCUUUCUGUGAGCACCCUGCCAAUACCAACAGAUUCUGCCAGCACUGGAAACGCUUCUGAAAAAACGAAAGCAUUGGAGGAUACUAACCAUUACUCUAGUGUUAUCCUGCCCAUUGUCAUCGCCUUGAUUGUCAUUACCCUCUCCGCCUUCUCUCUGGUGGCCUUGUACAGAGUGUGCCAUAAGAAAACUCCAGACAGACAAGAGAACGGCACUGAGCAGGCCCAGUCAGAUAAAGAAGGUGUCAAACUUCUGUCCGUGAAGACAACUUCUGCUGAGACUGUUUUUGUAGAAGCGCGGGAUAUAUUUGAGGUUGGCUUCUCCCUGCCCUCUGCCAACCUCUCUGAGCUCACAGCUCCUCCUCCAGCAGGAGAAGCCCCACAGUCGAGGCAGGACUGCAGGAGAGAAUUCAUCUCAGGGGAAGAAUAAAGCUCGACAGUGUGAUGAUUCCUCUUCAAACUUCAGCAAUAAAUACAUGUGAAGCAGCCUGGUUUAAGACAACAUGCAGGAACAUCCCACCAAGGUUGCAAUGCCACAGGAACUGUGGAGCAGCUGAAGCUUUUUGCCAGGCAGGACACUUGUGCUAAUGACUAGCCCUUGACUCCUAAGCCUCAAGUGCCUCCUGUCCUUUCUGGAACGACGUGCUUUUUUGAUGGCUUAAUAACUGGUAUAUCGUAUGUAUUUAUUAUGUUCUCAUAUAGUAGAAGCAGAAAAACUCUCAAGAAGGUUGAAGAGCGUGUUUGCAUAGUCAUUAUUACAAGAAUCUUCUGCACAUACAGGAAGGAAUAUGUUAGCAUACUUUGUUGAACUUAUGGUAUUUAGGGUUCUUUUAAUUGUAUGUAGCAAAAUACAAACAUGGCCUGACCCUUGAAACAUUACUUCCAACUGCCACAAUGGAAGUUAAUUCAGUGAUUUCCUGGAGACUCCCCACUGAAGCACACACUUUACUUGUCAUAAAUGUUUACAGGAUGGGAUGCCUGGGUGAAAUACUGAAGUGCGUGCUUUAUUUCUGUAAAGGGGGGGAAUAUGCUUUGCACUGAUGUUUGCAUUUUUGUUUUUUGAAGUUCUAUAAAUUGCUGAAUAUGGUCCUUGUGAUGUAGCAGGCAACACAGUUAAUUUUCUCCUGUUCCUUGGCUAGCCGCUGUAUUAUGCAUGCUGUGAACGACUCCUCUGUGAGCUGAGGUGCACGGUAGGGAUCAGCAGGAAAAGCAAUUGUGCAGCUGAACCCUGUAUUUGGAGUAAUGCAUGAGAUUCCUGUUGACUACCGAAUAACUCUGGAAGUUUAAGGAGUGUUUCAAGUGAUAUUACAGACUCUUAAUCUGUACAGAGCUGAUGCUGCAAAAAUAUCAAGUAGUGCUUCUACCUGCCCGUAUCCUACUCUGCUAGAACUGUAAAUAUUCAAAAAUUAUAUUAAUGUGAACAUCUGCUUAGCCUCAGUCCACUGGCUCUGGCAGUGUGCUGAGGAGCUCCAUGGUUGUGUUGGGGAAAGGAAAGGAGACAGUUGGUGGUGUAAGUGUGGGGCUGAGAGCCAGGCCAGCAAUUUGAGUUGUGAUACCAUUGAUACAAUGCUUUUGAGGAAACUUCUCUCUCCAAUUUCCCUCUGUGAGUUGAGAAAACUUAAUUAGCAGUAUGGCAAAAGAUUAAAUGGAUUUGUUAGUUCAUAUUUAUGACAAAGAUAAAGUGUUCAUUUCCCUACCUUUGACUGUUGCUCUUAUUUCAUUGGUGAUGGAUCCAACCCUCUGUCUUAGCAGCACCAAGAGAAAUUUUUCAUGAAGUUUUGUAAAAGUUGAGAAAUGAACAAGGGUGCUCCAUGCUGCAGCUGAACUUCUAUGGUCUGUUUGGGUGCUCCUGGGUCACUUGGGAUGCUCCAGAGCAGAGAAGUUUUGUACCUGCUUUAGAAAGGUCAGGUUGCCUAAAAUAUACCAGAUAGCAUCUGCACCUACUCAGAUACCUGAUUGCUGAAGUUUCCAAUGAAAAAAGAAGUCAGUUGUGCAUUUUCAUGUUGAUUUUAAAAUAUUUUUGUAGCAUGUUGCAUUCUACUGAGAGGACAGUAGAAAAGACCAGAGAAACAUUACAAAAAAUACAUGUAUGUGUAAAAUUUAUUCAUUACCUCCAUGAUGUGUCAAGAAGAGAAAACAACUUCCUAUUAAAAGUUAUUAUCUUUAUUAAAAGGCUCUACUUUUUCUCUU